AUGAUACUCGGACAAGUAUCCUGGCUUGAUUGCCUCGUAUUCCUGCUUUUCUUAGCUCCCCAGCUUCUCGUACAUGUCGGUUUCUUCCCAACUCUUUUCUGUGGUCUAAGAGCUUUGCCGUUCCUUCUGAUCCGUCUCCCUUUGACAUUUGUCAAUGAGCGCUUCCUCCUGGAAAUGUCCCAGCGUCCUCCAUUCGUGCAAAAUGCUUCUUGGUUUGAGGAUCUAGUUAUUAGGUGUGUGAGAUAUGCUUUCGCAUACAUUCCUGCCGAGAUUGGACGUGUGUUCUUCUCGAGGGGAGCUGCUGCGCCGUUCUUGAGAUGGAGGAUGCUUAGGCAUGGGUAUGUGAGGAAGCCAAUCCACUGGGAGGAUGUGAAGAGUAAGGGCUUCAAUGGCGUUUGGAUCAUCAAGGAUAGCUUCAAGCCACCCGAUAUUGUGAUUUAUUACGCUCAUGGAGGCGGAUUCUCCAUGGGCACAUCCUAUUUCUACCUAGAGUUUCUCCUGGCCUUUGUUACUCUACUUUCCUCGACGGCAAAGUUCACCAACCCAGCCAUUUUGGCCUUAGAAUACACACUUGCCCCACAAGCCUCUUAUCCUAAGCAACUACACCAAGCAGUUGCGGGUUACAGGUAUGCUUUGAAUAAGAUUCACGACCCCUCGCGUGUCGUGUUUAGCGGAGAUUCAGCUGGCGGCACCUUGAUCCUUUCUCUACUAUUGCAUAUCGGGGGUUCCAAAGCGAGUCUCAACGGGAUGAAAACUAAUAUAUCAUCCGAUGACAAGGAGAGAGGAGAAAUCCAGCCAGCAAAUGAUAUCGAAGGAGUAGUGCCCGGCCUAGCAAUCCUUAUCUCGCCUUGGACGACACUCAUCUCUUCCCUCGACAAGAACACCAAAAGUGACUAUCUCGAUACAGCAAGCCUGCAUCGCUAUGCAUGUCAAUACGUAGGUCCUCGUUAUUCUCCGGAUGGCCCAUCUAUUUCCCCUGGUAACUGCAAAGAUAUUUCCUGGUGGCGGCGCGCUUCACCCGGCAAAGGCUUCUUCGUGAUCUGGGGGAAAGAGGAGGUAUUUGCGCCGGAAAUUCGAGACUGGGUCGGCUUAGUUGGAGACUCAGAAAUCGAUGUUCGGUGCAAGGAAGAAGAGGGGGGUAUUCAUGCUUGGCCGGUAGCGAGUUUGUUCUUGAGCAGUACGAGAGAGGAGAGGACCAAAGGGCUGCAGACGAUAGUCGAUUUCAUUGGGGAGAAAAUGGCGAAGAUUUGA